ACCACAAUCAACACACCUCUGUCGCCUUCGGUAAUCAGCGUGGCCACCUUCUGAACCAGUGGUUCCUGCGGAGAAUUUCGCAACAGGUGGUGAUGUGACCGCGAAUGCAAAUCGUCGGGAACUCUACGCAGCUGAAAUGGGCUUCCACGCCGCCACUGCCAUGCAGCUACACAAGAGCACCUCUAGGGCACGCAGCCUCGCCGGCUCUCGCGUGAUGUCUCCGCCGCUGUCUGCGGUCCUCCUCUUCUUGGGCUCAGCAAUCCUCGUCGCUGUCGUUUCUCCUGCUGCUGCGGCCACCGGCGACGCUACUUCGGAGCUGGCUUGCCCGGCGCCCAGGCGCGGCGACGACGGCGUCCUUCUGGAGCCCGACGCCGACGUCUUCCUGGGCGCGUUCGUACAGGCCCACGAGCCGGCCAGAGACGCCUUGCUGGGGUGCGGCUCGCCCCUGGUACAGGGGGUCGAGACCCUAGAGCUAUUCAAGUGGGCCGUCGGCCUCCUCAACAGGGACCAGGGAUUCGUACCCGGCGUCAAGAUUGGCAUGCGCGUAUUCGACUCCUGCGGCCACAAGGCCAGGGCCUACUUGCAACUGGAUGCGCUCCUGCCCGUCCUGCGAGGAAACUCUGAGACCUGUGUCAGCACCGCCAACAGCUCCAGAGUCAUAGGUACUCUGAUGACAAGCACCCUGAGGAACGAAGAGCUGAUUGCCAGCCUUCUUAGGGAUCACGACGUGCCCACCAUCCCACUGGAGAGCAGCGCCAUAGCGCCACCUGAGUACCUGGCCAAGCUGCUGCUGGAGGCCGCGUUCGACAUGAAGUGGGAGCACUUCACCGUGCUCCACUCUCACGACGAGCCCAGCGUGGCAGUGGUGAAGGCGCUCAGUCAGCGGGCUGUGUCGGCUGCAUCGCCCUGCGUUACGCUCAUCGAGGCCCUGCCCAAAACGGCCGCCCACGAAGGCGGCGAGCGGGCCCGUCUGCGACUGCGCAACCUCCUCGUCCAGCUGGACGACACCACGCCCGUGUUCGUGGUGACCGCUUCGGCCGACGCCGUCGAGGCCCUCGCCGAGCUGAUCGCCUCGGACCCGGACACCUUCCUGCGCCACCGGCAGUGGUUCUUCGCCUGGGUGCCCGGCGAGGAGGCCCUGCGCAGGCUGGGCCCGCUGCUCAACCGCGCGGGCUUCUACUCGCUCGCCCCGUACCCGCCCACUGUUGGCUCUUUCGAAGAUCACUGGAACAACCUGAGCCGGACCGCCGAUGUCAAGAAGGCUCGGGACCGCUGGUACCUGGAACUCGUGGCCACGCAGAAGCACUGCAGAAUACAGGGUCUCAAGAUCCCUGGUCUGGAGAACGCGGCGCCGUGUCCCGACUUAUCCCUGAGCCACGAGACCGCGCAAGCCCUGGUGCGAACGUCCCGGGCACUGCCGGCCGCGCGGGGCGUGUUCACGCUUGCGCAGGCGCUGCGCUCAGCCUGGAAAGCGUUGUGCCGAGGUCAGCCCGGACUGUGUCCCGAGCUGCGACGCCUCACGAGGAGUCAGUUCGCCGGAUCCUUCCUAGAGCCCGGUGGUGCGGCGUUGACGCUCUCUCGGUCCGGAGGUGGUCUGCCGGCGGCGCCAGGAACGGCUGCUGUGAGCCGCGAAGCGCGCGCUGCCUCUGACGUCCUGGGAGAACUCGGCGCAAGUCACCUGGCUUUGACUCGAUUCCUGUAUGACGCGGUCAAGGGAACAGACUUCAAACAGCUGAUACUUUACGACUCGGAGGAGGCCAAGCUUUUGCAGAAGGACACUCGCUUCAUGCCAGCACUUUGCUCUGCUGAUACGUGCCAGAACUGCAUCAGGUUCCGCACCACUCGCCUGGAGGAAGCGGAUGCGACCAUCACGUCGGCUUCGUCGCUGCCGACCAGCGCCGAAGCCGGCCUGUCCGCCUCCGACAUCGUCCUUCCAGUCCUGCUUCCUCUCCACAACGCCGGCCACGGCGCGUUUGGCUGCGGAGACACGGUCAACCGACUGGCCGUGCAAGACUUCGAGGCCGCCUCCUGGAUGGUGCGCAAGAUCAACUCGAACGGCGUCCUCCUUCCGCGACUCAAGCUCGAACUACGCGUCAUCGACACCUGCUCCUCGGCGUCGGUCCUCACCCGGGACAUCUCGGCCGUGCUGGAGCACUUCUCGGAACUGGGCGUGCCCACCGUGUUCGUCUCCUCUUCUAUGUCGGCCGAGCACGCCAGGGUGGCCGCGUCCAUCCUGUCCCGGCUGAACGUCACCCUGGUGACCACGACGGAUCUGGCUGCUUCGCACGAUCGCCGGCCAGGUUACCUUUACCAGAUUCCGCUGCCCAUCGAGAAAAUCGCCGAGGCCGCGGUCGCCUACUUGCAGAGCCUGGACUGGAGCUACGUCUCCGUCGUGUCCAGCGAGAGCGAAUCCCGCGCCGUCGACGCCUUCAAGGAGCGCGCCGACGCCGUUGGCAUCUGUCUCGCUAUCCAGGCGACGCUGACCGCGGGUCGUGAGUUGGAUCCCAACCUCAUCGCGCGCCUCACGACGGCAGCGGCCAACGGCGCCCGUGCAGUCGUCCUCUGGACCGAUUCCGAGGAUACCCUGCGCUUCCUGGCGGCGCUGAGAAGGGCGCGCACCGAAGGACUCCUGGACCACGCUGCCUUGGUCCUCAUUCACGGCGGCGGACAGCCCGUCAGCUUCGACGGCCACGAGGAGGACGCUCUUGGCGCUGUUCUCCUUCGACCUCAGUACGGACAGGUUCUUGACUUCGAGUCAUACUACGAGCGCCUGCGUCCCGACCAGAACCGCUUCUUCAGCGACCUGUGGUCUCAGGCGAGGACGUGCCACCGGACUCAGGGUGGUCAGGUGUGCUCGGUGCCGCUGUUGCCCAGUCGCUCGGUGGUGGACAUCAUGCAGGCCGUGCUCGUUGCUGCCACAGCGCUCAGAGACCUCCGUGAACAGGUGUGCGGAGGCUCCCGAGAGGCAAUGGACGCCCCCUACUGCGCUCGGCUCCUGGCCAAUGCCAUGGGCGUAGGAGAGGCGCUGGACGAGCAGGUUCGCCAGGCAAACACAAUGCGCGUGGGUUACAAGGAUCAGGUGUUCGUCUUCACCGAAAGAGGCCACGGGGACAUCGCCGUCGACCUCUGGAACGUCCGCAGGUCAUCCGCUGGCAUCGCACCGCAAAGGGCGGGCCAGCUGUCCGACGACCGGUUCACCGAGCUCAUGCCCGUGGUCACUUACGGCGGCAGCAGCAGCAGCGAAGCCAAAGAAGUGGCGCUGAACGAGCUCCGGUCCGCGUGUCAGGCGUCGUCUUGCCGGGCGCACUGCGCUCCCAAGGCUGUCGACUUCCUCGUGGUGCCUUCGCCCGACCACGUCUACCUCGCGGCCGCCUUCUCGGUGCACGAGCGCGGUGACGCCCCGUUCCGCUGCUCGCAUAGAGUCACCGAGUCCGGCGUGCGCCGCGUCGAGGCCUUUCUCUGGGCCCUGGACCAGAUCAACGCCAGCCCCUCGGUCCUGCCAGGAGUCAAGGUUGGCGCUGUAGUCUUCGACGUGUGUGGAAGCCGCGAGAAGACCUAUCGAGACCUGUCCAACUUCGCCAGCGACUCGCUCGCCUCGCUCACCGCGCACAUCCGGCUGCCCGCGCUUCGGCACGUGUUCGGCUUCGUCGCCUCCGGUAGGAACAGCGCCGGCCAGUGCACGGUCAAGCCCGCGGCCGACGUGCUCGCCGCAGCUGCCGGCGUGCCUACAGUGGCAUCGGACUCGUCGCUGUCGCAGCUGGGAAGCCUUCGUUACCCAAGCCUCCUGCGGGUGCUCCCGUCCAACGCCGAGGUGGCCCAGGCCGUCCUGCGUGUCCUCAGGCACUUCAAGUGGACGUACGUGUCGGCGGUCUACGAUGACCGGGACGACGAGCUGCAGGACGUGUGGGAACAGUUCGAGCGAGCCUUGGAGGGCGGGCCCCUUCGUCUCGCCACCACGCUGCACCUCAGAGAUGACACUUCGGACGAGGACGUCCGGGCCACCGCCACACAACUUCUCCGGAGGCGCAGGGAGGGCGCCCGGGUCGUGGUCCUAUUCCUCAAGGACAAGGCGGCCGACGCCCUACUGACCGCACUUCACGAGGCAUCGUCCUCGGCGGCGUCGCCCCAAACAGCGGACCUGACCUUCGUCGCGCUGGGCCUCCGCGACAUCCUGUCUCGGCACCCCGACGUGGCACUGGGCUCGCUCUCGCUCCGGCUGGCGUCCGUAGACGUGCCGGGAUUCCGCGACCACUUACAGCACCUGAGUUACGCCGGCAAUGGUCGAAACCCCUGGUACCGCGCCUACGUCGAGCAGAAGACCGGUUGUCGUGGUCCUGCCGCCUGCGCCAACGCGCUGGCACCACCGCUGGCCAGCGGGGGCGGCAGCGGCACGUCUUCGCUGGAUGCAGAGGAUGCGAGCGCCACUGAGUUGACGGUCACUGCGGUGUUCGCCCUGGCAAGUGGACUUGACCAGGCGCGUAAGACAAGGUGUGCGGGCGAGGACACCAAGCCCUGCGAGCUGGCCAUGGACGACGCCUACCGUAGCCUGGUGAUAAACUUCACCCGAAACGUUCGCAUCACUCGCCACGAUGGCUCGGUCUUCAAGUUCGCUGACGGCAACAGUGGCAAUGGCCGAGUCCAGGUCACCUACUACCGAAGUCCCGGAGCGGGUGGCAUGCCAGGGGAGUUCUCGCAGAUCGGCACCUACAACCGGGACGAAGGCCUGCAGAUGAACGCCAGCCUGCCCGAGGUCUCCCCGGGUCGUUCCCCGUACACCGUCAACUCGUCGUGCGAAGCGGACGGUGACUGCCGGCGUCACUCUCCGCGUCCUAGCGACGCCCUGCUCAGGGACGCCGGCGUGCAGCCCAUGCUGUCGGGCGAGGACGGCCCGAGCCUCGCCAUCGGCGCCGUGCUGCCCGUGCACCGCAGAGGCUCCGACAUGUUCUCCUGCGGCGGCCUCCACGAAGGGGGCAGCACCUUCCAGAGCAUGCUCGCGGUCGCCUACGCCCUGGACCGUGCCAACCGGAACCGCACCGACGACCUCCGGCUAGACGCCGUGGUGUUCGACUCGUGCGCCACUCCUCAGCGUGCAGAGUCCCUCGUGUAUGGCUACAUGACGUCAGAUGAGGGAGGCCAAGGCCAACCUCUGGUGUCCAUGAUCACCUUUGAAAACAAGGUUGCCGAAGAAGUGGCGCCCGUGCUGAAGGACGCCGGUGUGCCGCUGGUCCUGACAAGCACGACGUCGAGGUUCACUCAGGAGAGCCGACCCGUCGGGAUACAGACCCUGCCGCCGAUAGUGUGGCAAGUGGAGGCGGCGCUGGGCCUGCUGCGUCACUACGACUGGAGCUACGUGUACUUCCUCUACUCCGGCGACGCAUUCGGCCAAGACGCCUACUACCACGUGACCAAGUCGCUCGCCAGGCUGGGCCUGUGCGUCGCCGACUCGCAGAGGGUCGACCCCGACGCCACCGAGGAGGACGUCCUGGCCACGGUGCUCAAGCUCACCGACUCGGACGUCCGAGUCGUCGUCGUGCUCGCCGAAGACAAGGAGGUCAGCAACCGGAUAGCGGUCGCCGCGCGAAGGGCUUCGUUGCUCGAGCGCUUCGUUUGGGUCGCUACCGAGGGCUUCAGCGACAACGAGCGGUUGCUGGAGACGCUGCAUGGCGCCGACGUGGACGUAUUCUCGCUCAGGCUGGACAACGAGCCGCUGCCGGACUACGCCCGCUUCGUGUCCUCGCUGACGCUGGGCCGCCACGAGCCCAUUCCGGACGCCUGGUUCGAGGAGUUCUGGCAGCUUCAGUUCGGCUGUCGGCUGCCCAACGCGCGCCGCGUGCACGAGCAGUUCGCGCGCAUCUGCACGGGCCGCGAGAAACUGGAAGUGCAGCAGGAUCGCUACGUGUACCAUACCGUCGACACGGUGAUGCGCAUCGCGGCAGCUGUGCGGGACCACGUUGCUAAGAACUGCCCGGCGGCGCUCGCCGGUGGACUGGACAGCCUCGAAGGGUGCAAGAAGAGCGCGCUGCGGCGCGAGGUGAGCGUGACGCUGCUGGGCACGGAUCUGGAGAGCUGCUCCGAGUGCCAGCCGUCCACCAUCACCACGUUCGGAUACCGAGUACUCAAGAUGAACGGAAGCAGCGUCCGCAACUACACCUACCAGAACGUGGGCUCUUUCUUCAAGAACGUGCUCUUCGUGGACGACGGCCAGGUGGACUUCUUCAGCGGCGUGGCGCCCAUGUCGACUUGCGUGCGCGACUGCGACGAGCGAUGCCCGGCGUCCAGCGCCACUGCGGGUGGACCGGUGGACAACGAGUACCUGCGCCAGCACCGCGAGUCCCUGGCGGCCAACUUCCGCACCGUGUGGGGCAUCGUGGUCACUGCGCUGUCUCUGCUCGGCAUGGUGCUGGUCAUCAUCUGCGCACUCUACUUCCUCAUGGCGUUUCCCGUCACUGUGGGCACUACCGUCCUCGGCUACAUGAUCCUGGUCGGCCUGCUGGCCCUGUACGCGGUGAACUUCGCCUUCGUGGUGGGCGCCACCGAGGCCAGCUGCGGCGUGCGCCGCUUCCUGAUGGGACUCGCCUACUCCAUCAUAUUCUCGGGCAUGCUCGUCAAGGUGCUCAACACGUGGCGCCUCAUGGGAUACCACCAGCGCAUGCACCACGACACCACGCAGCUCAGCAGUCCAGCCGGACUGCUCGUCAUCGCCUGCGGACUCGUCGUCAUACAGGUUGUCCUGACGGCGGCGUGGCUGGUGCUGAUGCCGCCUCGCAUCGGCCUGUACGAGCGCGUGUGGCGCUGUGCUCCUCCCGCAUCUUUCGAGGACGAGCUCGUCGUCUCCAUGGUGUACGUCAUGCUUCUGCUGGCCGUCACCAUCCUCUUCUCCGUGCUCACGUGGCCCUGCCGAGAGAACAACGGCGAGUCGCGGUGGAUACUCGCCUGCUGCGUCUCCGUCGGACUCGCGUGGCUCGCCUGGACUGUGCUCGGCACGCAGCUGCCGACGCGCUACCGGGACGCGACCAUCGCCGUGGCGAACCUGGUGUGCGCCACGCUGGUGAUGCUGUGCCUGUACCUGAGGAAGGUGUACCUGUACAACAAGCUGGCUCGCCAGGCCCGCGACCAGGAGAUCAAGGCGCGUCUGCAGCCCAGGGGCCCUCCUUACACGCCCUCCGUCUACGGCACGCUCCGCAAGGCGGCACCCACUGUAGCGCCCGUCUUCUACGGUUCUCAGGGCACGCUGACGACAAGCAAGAAGCUGAACGGCCAGUUCUCUCGGCUGUCGACGGAUGAUCUCGCGUCGGAUGGUUCCGGCUCGGUGCAGGUGCAGGGUGCCGACCUGUACCCUCUGGAGAUGUACGACGGAGGCAGCCAGUUCCAGCCACCCAGCUCCCUCUACGGGAGCAUGAUGAUGCUCGACGACAACGUCGCGUACGCCAGGUGAGGUCGCCCAGGCUGACCUCUAGUUCCUCAGGACCUUUUACAAGACCUCCUACUUCCCCACAAGCCGGUCACAAGUUGUUCGCCUGGCUCACGAACAAGCAUCGAGCAAGCAAGCGAGCGGGCAGGCCACAGGGAUUUUGCCAUCGCCACCUAGCGGUCGCCCUCCCGACUGCCGCGCUGCUGAACCACGUCGAACGCCUCGCUGAGCUACGAUGUUCUCUCUGAUCGUUGUUGUGUUGCCUGUUACUUAACCCAUCCGCCAGCAGUGGGCGCAGUAGUGCUGGAAAAAAAAAAAAGGACUUACGUUUGCACUACUUACAUUUUUUUUUAGUCGCCUUGCCCGAAAGCUGCUGCCAGCUUACGUCACAACGCGCGCGUGCUCAAGAGAGCGCAGUGUUGCUAACCUGACCUGUUCACGGCGGUUGAAGGAGAAACCGAAACUCUAUGCCGAAGGAAGGAAAUGGCGCGUCAUCACCUGUACAGUGCUCGUUAAUUAUUUGUGUGCGUGUCCCCGUAACAUUAUCGUCUGUCCGCCUGUGUUUUGAAGUCUAACCUGAAAUGCUAACUAAUGCCAGAUGCCUUGAGUGCCGUGCUGGUGGUUCGUUUGAGCGGCUUUUCCUUAAUUUUUUUUUUCUCGACUCACACUUGCGUGUUAGCUUUGCUGGAGAGUCGCAGUUUUUUUCUAUUAUUGUUAUUCUUAUCAUUCGACGUACUAAGUGGGAUGUUUGCUCUGUUUAGGAAUGCAGCUUUAUCGCGGAAAUCGCUGUCUUUCACAGAUCAUAUGUGUGCACUCUGGAUGGAGCAGCAUGAGCGAGAGAUUCUUUCACACGCUUAUAACCUACGACGUCGGAAGACACCGCAGCCGUAACGUAAAAUAACGAAGAGGCACGUUACGAAAGUUUCGUGUUACUCCACAACGAAGCAAGAAAUGAAACUGUGCUGGUCGUUUCCAUAUCUUCAUUGUAAUGGUUAUCAAUCAAGACUAUAGAGUGAGCUUGUUUUGCGGACAUGCACUCUUAUAGGACAAACCUAAGACUAGAUUCACGCAUGCUGUUCUGGAAAAAUACGAGGGGUAUAUGCGCCAGAGCCUUAGUCGGAGAAAUUAUUCACGCAUUUAAUAUACUCUACCGUGCAACAUCGUGGCUACUUUGUAGCGUACGGAACGUAAUUUCGCAUGACCACGAUACAACCGCGUCGUGAUAUCCCGGGUUGAGAUCCCGGACUUUAACGCGGUUGCAUAUCGAGACCAUUUAACGAAUACCAAAAACAAGACGACUCGAAACGUACGCGGCGUGAGCUGUUUAUCGACGCCCCAUCUACGGCAAGCGCUCGACGUAACGGACAGGCUGCUGCGAAGCCGAAAUACCCGAAGGCUUCCGAAACGUCGCCGACCGUUGUUUUCUCUCUCCCUCUUUGCAGAAUGGGCAGCCUCGAGCUUGCGAUUACUAAAUAAGAUUUUUCUCCAGCGGGAUAUACCCAUCGCUUCCAGUAUAUCUUCCAUCGCGGAACGUAUGACGCGGUCACUUCUAGCAAUUGUGAAAUCGCGGAGACAAAAAGACUCAGUCUUACUCACCCCGUUUCAGGCGUCUAGCACUUUCUUCCGGAGCCGUUCCGUAAUCACUAACAUUAAGUGACGUCAACAAAACGGACGAUGACGUAACCGCGCCUGUGUGUAUUCCAGUCCGGAGACGAUUAUCAUGGUCGCAGUAUCGAAAAUCGGGCCGAGGUACACAAUCUAGAUAGGACGCGGGAGUGUGUGUAUUAUACAGCUCGUGGUUCAGUCUGCCCGCGAACCUUUGACCUGUGAGCACCAGCGAUAUUGUGCGCGUGAUGUGAGUGCAGUGAAAUCAAAAUGACUCCGCGAUUGUUUACAGCGUUACGAGGUCAAGGAGAAGAAUGAAAAACCAAGAAGUGUAAGCUCUUGUGCCGGUGACGUCAUUCGCUCUUCGCGCCUCUCGUGGCUGGUCCAGGAGGCGCGAAUUGCAGGCGUGAGCUCUUAACAUUCCAUUUAUAACCCGCGUUUAUAUACAUAUACAUUAUACAUACUACCAUGUUCUUCCCUUCUAUUUCCCUCUACACGACUGUCUUUCGUUUCGAAACUAUGCACGACAGUGUACAUCUAGUAUACGCGUACAAUGUGUACACAUUUAUGGACAUGGACCUCUAACUAGCGGGUGGCCAUUUUGUGUUCGCGUGGAAGGAAGAAAGAGAGCGAAAUAAAGAAACGCCCUGCUUGUUUUUUUCUUUUUCUGAAAUUGUCAAAGCUGUCGUUCUUUCUUCGCGCGCAUGCUCAGAGGAGGUCGGACAGAUAUGUCGCGUGCAUGGUCUUGCCCAUCGGAUUUCUUUUUCUUUUUCUCUUUCCGGUUGUGCUUGUAUCUGUCUGUUCUCUCCCCCCUAAGAAGAGUGCCUUUCAUCCAGUGUUGCCAGCUGUUACGAGUUGAAAUGCCUCAUAUCUCGACGGUUUUUUCGUCCUCUCUACUGUCGCCUUGAAUGGAAAUAAAACCAUUUUUU